AUGCCUCGAGCAGACGCUGAAGUUGAUAUCCUCGUCAUCGGGGCUGGCCCCACCGGUUUGGGUGCCGCAAAGAGGUUGAAUCAGAUCAAUGGCCCGUCCUGGAUGAUCGUUGACUCGAAUGAAGUUCCUGGUGGUCUGGCGUCGACUGACGUGACCCCUGAAGGCUUCUUGUACGAUGUUGGCGGCCAUGUCAUCUUCUCCCACUACAAAUACUUUGACGACUGCAUUGAUGAGGCUCUCCCCAAGGAGGACGACUGGUACACCCACCAGCGUAUCUCCUAUGUCCGCUGCAAGGACGCAUGGGUUCCAUACCCCUUCCAGAACAACAUCUCCAUGCUUCCCAAAGAGGAGCAGGUGAAAUGUAUUGAUGGCAUGAUCGAUGCUGCCAUGGAGGCCCGCGUUGCCAAUACCAAGCCCAAGGACUUUGAUGAGUGGAUUGUUCGCAUGAUGGGUGUAGGCAUUGCCGAUUUGUUCAUGAGACCAUACAAUUUCAAAGUUUGGGCUGUCCCUACCACCAAGAUGCAAUGCGCUUGGCUCGGUGAACGUGUGGCUGCACCAAACCUCAAAGCUGUCACGACCAACGUCAUCCUGCAGAAGACUGCUGGAAACUGGGGUCCUAACGCGACAUUCCGCUUCCCUGCCCGUGGUGGUACUGGUGGUAUCUGGAUUGCCGUUGCGGACACGAUUCCCAAGGAGAAGAAACGCUUUGGCAAGCAUGCUGCCGUGACCAAGGUUGACGCUGCAAACAAGACUGCCACUUUGGCUGAUGGAUCGCUUGUCAAGUAUCAGAAGCUCGUCUCCACAAUGGGCGUCGAUGCGCUUGCUGAAUCUAUGGGUGACAAGGAGUUGAUCAGCCUCAGCAAGGGUCUGUUCUACUCCUCCACCCACGUCAUCGGUGUUGGUGUCAGAGGUGAACGCCCCGAGAGAAUCGGAGACAAGUGCUGGCUAUACUUCCCAGAGGACAACUGCCCCUUCUACCGGGCUACUAUCUUCUCCAACUACUCGCCUUACAAUUCCCCUGACGCCUCCACUUCCCUCCCAACUCAACAGCUUGCCGAUGGUUCCAAACCAGCCGACUCUUCUGCCAAAUCUGGACCCUACUGGUCCAUCAUGCUCGAGGUCUCCGAAUCCUCCCUCAAGCCUGUCAACAACGACACAUUGCUUGCGGACUGUAUCCAAGGCCUCGUCAACACCGCCAUGCUCAAGCCCACCGAUGAGAUUGUCUCAACUUACCACCGCCGCUUUGACCACGGUUACCCAACCCCAACCCUUGAGCGAGAAGGCGUCCUCACCAAACUCCUGCCCAAGCUCCUUGACCAGGGUAUCUAUUCCCGUGGCCGAUUCGGCAGCUGGAGGUAUGAGGUUGCUAACCAGGAUCAUUCAUUCAUGCUUGGUGUUGAGGCUGUGGAUAACAUUAUCAACGGCGCCGUGGAAAUGACGCUUAAUUACCCGGAUUUCGUCAAUGGACGACAGAACACCGAGCGCAGAUUGGUUGAUGGAGCGCAGGCCUUUGCCAUCAGGACCAAGAACUAA